CCUAGCCAGGGGCUCCGCCCCCGGACCCCCGCUGACCUUAGCCGGGGGCUUCGCCCCUGUUCCCACAAACACAAAAUAAUAGCCCUAUAGUCGCGCGGUCAGCCUCCUUGAGAAUAUGAAUAGCCGUUACAGUGUUUCUUACCUUACUCCGAGUCAGAGUCUGAGUCAGGGACCAGAAGGCCUCUUGGGUUCCGCUGUUCUCUAAAACUUCCAAUAAUCGAAAUCGCACCCAGCACAUAAUGGCUCCAUGUUGCAACUGAUUAAGAAUGUCCCGCAUCCUACCGCCCACGCUGAAUAUUGAACACUAAUUGGUUGAAUCAAAUGUUGAGAUUUUUUAUUGGAUUUGAUUGGCUGCCGCCCCUCCCCCUAAGUUUGAUUGGCGACGCCCCCCGACACCUGCACAGGAGGUUACUUAAAAUGAUGGGUUCUACUAGAAGUGAAGACUGUAUGUGUGAGGUGACACUUGGAACACAUCCUCGGGUGAUGAUGGUCUGUGUACCCAUAACCAUCCCCUCGGGCAUCAGCCACGUUGAGUUGGCCCACCGUCUGGUCCUGCACCACAACCUACCUAUCUACCUUCACACUGAGUUGAGUGAGAAGCUUCAGGUGUUUAUCCAGGACAAGACCGAGGGAUAUUACCGCCAACAAGACCAACGUGCCAUCCAAAGUCUACGAGAUGGAAAAGUGAAUAUUGACGACGUUGCUUCUGCGUGGACGAACAAAUAUUCACAAAUACAGUUGAGUAAAAGACAAGAGGAUGAAGGAUGUGAGAAUGAGAUGUUGGCCACAAUGUAUCACUCACUAGUCCACUCCCCUAUGGUGGUCAACUUGCUCAGCUUGGAACAUUCUUUUGCUGGGGCCAUGAGUUCCCUCGUGUCUCAGAGGGAAUACGCCAUGAAGGAAAUCAGUGAAAGGCAGACAAAGGAGAUGAGCAACACAGUGAGUAGAGUUGGAGUGAAUCUAACGGACGACGACGUGAAUGACCUCGCUGCCCAUCACCUUGAAGACUCUCAGUUAAUGGAGGUUCAGUGGGAUUCAACUAUUUCAGUCCUGAGAGAAAAUCAGAAACGGGAGUUUAUGAAUUUCGUCAUGGAGUCGUUUGCCGGGCGAGAAGUGACCACACCAGUGACUCCCAAAGAUUUUAUAAUGAUGGGUUCGGAUUCUGUGGUGGUUGAGACAGCAGACCCAACACAAGAGGAGAGUUUUACCAUCCACCUCGGGGCACAGAUGAAGCAGAUGCACAAUUUACGUCUUCUCUCGGCACACGUACUUCAGCUUUGCAAAUAUCAAUCACAUGAAGCAAGUGACAUCCCACCACAGAGGAUUCAGACAUCAAUGAGCCUGUACUCCCAUAACCUGAACGGCCUGGUGCUGCUAGUGGACGACCGCAUUAACACCUACUCUGGAAUAAAACGUGACUUUGGGCGUGUGUGUAGCAGAUCAACAGAACUCCACUUCCCAGAUUUAGAAGACCAGCUGGAGUCUGUCCGAGAUACUGUUCCUCAGGUUGUACAGUGGCGCCGUGACCACCCACCUCCACAAUAUGACUGUGAUGAAGAUGCUCCACCUCCACCCCCAGUCCCGCAAUAUCUUAAAGCAGGGGAUUUCUACAUAACUCGACACUCCAAUCUUGCUGAUGUUCACGUAGUCUUCCACAUGAUUGUUGACGACUCGCUACACUCGGGGGACAUCAAUUCCCGCCAUCCUGUCAUCCUGGGACUUAGAAAUGUUCUAAAGGUGGCCUGCCUUGGAGACAUCACCACACUCACCAUUCCUCUUCUUCUUACAAACACCAUGUCUGAGGAAAUGACUAUGUCUUGGUGCCAGAAACGUGCAGAGUUAGUGUACAAGUGUGUCAAGGGUUUCAUGAUGGAGAUGGCAUCAUGGGGCGGAGCUGAAAUGAAAAACAUGCAGUUUCUCGUGCCAAAGGGCAUCUCCGAGGAUUUAUUCCAACACCUGGCCGCCAUGCUGCCCAACAUCUUCAGAGUUUCCAAUCCGCUAGUUGUUAAGUCCUCUUAGUAUACGUACACAAACGGCUAAACAGUAUGUACAUUAAAUUUAUAUAUAAAGUAUUAAAUAUUGUUUUCCACAAUAAAAGAUAUCUGGCAUAGACUGUUUUAAUUUUUUAUGGAGUAAUUUUAAUACUUUUGACCAAAUCCCAGAUGAUGCCCCUCCCACAAAUAAACAUAUAAUGGAGGGGAACACUGUAUAUUAUAGAUGAAUUAUUUAGUAAUGUUUUUAUAUCCAUUUGGAGGAUCACACUGUACUCUACACGGGUAUUUCAAAUUUGACGUAAGAAAUAAUUGUAUAUCGGUGAUCAAUAAAAUAAUUUUUCCCAA